AUGAGUCCCUCCGCGCUGUCGACCGGGAAUGUUGACAUAGUCGACAUCCGUGAAAAUGACCUGCAAUACUCCCUGGUUCACGAAAUAGAGAAAGGACUAAACCCUCCCACCGGGACUAGGCGGUCGUUACCAACAAUGCUACUAUACGACACCGAAGGACUGAAGCUAUUCGAGAAGAUAACCUACUUGGAGGAGUACUACCUGACGAACGCCGAGAUUGAGGCUUUGGAAACACACGCUCGGAGGCUGGUAGAGAAGAUCCCCAGCAAUGCACAGCUUCUGGAGCUCGGUAGUGGGAACCUUCGGAAGAUUGAGAUCCUACUUCGCGAGUUUGAACGUGCUGGUAAACCUGUAGACUAUUACGCCCUUGACCUUUCUCUUUCCGAGCUUGAGCGCACUUUCUCCAAUGUUUGCCUUGAGGAAUAUACAAAUGUUGGAUUUCACGGUCUUCAUGGCACAUACGAUGAUGCGCACACUUGGUUGAGUGACCCCAAGAAUAGAGAGCGGCCGACAGUUGUCAUGUCAAUGGGGUCUUCAUUAGGAAACUUUGGCCCGCCAGAAGCGGCGGAUUUCCUUGCUGGAUUCGCUAAACUUCUUGGACCAUCGGAUAUGGUGGUGAUUGGACUUGACGCCUGUGAUGACCCAGCGCGGGUAUACAACGCGUACAACGAUUCAGCUGGGAUCACAAAGAAAUUCUACGAGAACGGGCUUGUGCAUGCAAAUAGGACUCUUGGAAGCGAAGUCUUUCGGCCGGAUGAAUGGGAGGUUGUCACAGAAUACAACCCUACUGACGGUAAACACCAAGCAUUCUAUGUCCCGAAGAUGGACUUGACUAUUUGUAAUGCGUCGUUAAAAAAGGGUGAGAGAAUAAUCUUUGAAGAGGCAUUCAAAUACAGCGCACUUGGGCGCGACAGAUUAUGGCAUGAUGCUGGUUUGCUUGAGGCGGCCGAGCUCGCCUGCAGUUCUGGUGACUACCACCUUCAUCUGCUACAGUCUGCAGCAUUAAACUUGCCGUUAUCGCCUUCACAGUACGCAGCUCAUCCGAUUCCAAGUCUCGGCGAUUUCCAAUCCCAGUGGACUGCGUGGGACAUUGUCACCAAGGCAAUGAUCCCGCAGGAAGAGCUGCUCUCAAAGCCGAUAAAGUUGCGGAAUUCAUUAAUAUUUUACUUGGGUCACAUCCCUACCUUCACCGAUAUCCACUUGACCCGUGCUUUGGGUACUAAACCCACAGAACCGAGGGAAUAUCAGUUGAUAUUCGAGCGUGGCAUUGACCCGGACGUUGAUGAUCCAGAACAGUGCCAUUCUCACAGUGAAAUACCGGACGAAUGGCCGUCUCGUUCGGAUAUCCUAGAGUACCAGGAUCGAGUGAGACGUAGGAUAAAAGUCACAUUAGAAAAGCCCGAUUUGGAACGGAACCGAGUCCUUGGCGAAGCCCUUUGGAUCGGAUUCGAACAUGAAGCAAUGCACUUGGAGACCUUCCUCUACAUGCUAAUACAGAGCGAAAGGAUUCUUCCCCCACCGGGAAUCCCAAGGCCAGAUUUCGAGAAGAUGUUCAUUGAUGCCCGAGAAAAUAAAAAACCAAACGAAUGGUUUGCUAUACCUGAGCAAACGCUGUCUGUUGGACUCGAUUGUCCAGAGAACAAAAUGCCUGAGGUAUCAUUUGGGUGGGAUAACGAAAUACCUUCCCGCACUGUGACGGUCCAGGCAUUUGAGGCGCAAGGAAGGGCCAUAACAAAUGGUGAAUACGCCAAAUACCUCCAAGCGAACCAGUCGCAAGAUGCUCCAGCCUCUUGGAUGAAGCUCGAUCAUACGAACGGGGCCUCUAGUGGAAGCACUGGAGAUGAUCUGCUAGCCAGCCUCGCUGUGAGGACUGUCUUCGGCCCUGUGCCACUAAAGCUUGCCCAAGACUGGCCAGUCAUCGCAUCAUACGAAGAGCUUGAGCAAUAUGCUUCUUGGAUGAACUGCCGCCUACCAACAUUCGAAGAAGCUAAAAGCAUCUACGCUCACUCGGCCCGGCUAAAGGAAACUCUAUCGGAUGGGGCCACCAGACCUACAACCGGAAAGGUAACCAACGGACACACCAACGGCUAUCACAAGAACGGUUACGACAAAGCUUCUCAACCCGUCCUUGCCCCAACCGCGUCAUCGUCACCUGUAUUCACCGACCUCACCAACUGCAACGUCGGAUUCAAACACUGGCACCCAACCCCGGUCAUCCAAGACGGUGACAAACUCGCCGGCCAUGCCGAAUUCGGCGGCGUCUGGGAAUGGACGUCCUCACCGUUGACGAAGCACGAUGGAUUCAAAGCCAUGGAGAUAUACCCUGGAUAUACCUCCGAUUUCUUCGACGGCAAACAUAACAUCAUCCUCGGUGGGUCUUGGGCAACGCACCCUCGUGCUGCGGGGAGGACGACAUUCAUCAACUGGUACCAGCGGAACUAUCCGUACCCAUGGGCCGGAGCGAGACUUGUACGGGACCUUUAG